AUGGCCAUCAUCACCACCAACUUCCACCACUGCCACCACCACUACCUUCCACCACCAUCAUUACCGCCACCACCACUGCUCUCACCAUUAUCGUCACCAUUGUCACCGCCACCUUCCACCGUCACUGCCGUCUUUUACCACUGUAGCUGCCUUCCUCCAUCAUCACGUUGCCGUCUCCACUACCUUUCGUCGCCACUGCCACCAACACUAUUACCGCCACCAACUUCCAUUACCACCGCAACCACUUCCACCUCCACCGCCACCACCACCGCCAUUGACUUCCAUCACCGCCACCACCACCGCCACCUUUACCUCCACUGCCAUCAACUUCCAUCACCACCGCCAUCGCCGCCACCACCUUCACUGGCUUUCACAGCCUUCUACCACCACUACUGA